AGAUGAUUAGAUAGCCAAUGUUGGCGCCCCUGCGGCCGGAGGAUGUCGACUCGCGAAGGAGGAGGAGCAUGGCGCACCUAUACGUCCAAGCAAGUCUUAGGGGCACGAGGUGCUCAGCAGUUGGUCGGAAUGUUCAAAAAUCCUGACCCCCCCGGCGCCAAAGAGAAGGAAGUGAGGGAGGCUGAGGAGAAGGAAGCGCAGGCGCGCCACUUCUCUGGGCUUUUCUGGAGCAUCAUCGGUGUGCCACCGCCAGACUUUGAGGUGGUCUCCGACACGAUUGGUCCCAGUCAUCGAGCUUCGCUUUCGAUCUACAUCCAGCCCCCAGAGCAGCCUCUGAAGGAAGUCCGUGUGCUUGGCCCGCGGCGCAGCUCCGAAGCGGAGGCACGCAAGGAUGGCUGCGAUCUGAAACGGGUGGCAUUCCGCUGUCCAGAGAAGAAUUUCAAUCUUCAAGAGGUCUGGCGGAAAUGUUACCAGCUGGAAAACAAGCAGUGGUCAGUGCAGGAGCUGACUGGGGAGGAUGUCCUGGAAACUUCUGAGAAUCGACUUCCAGAGUUCCAGGCGGCCCAGCGAACCAAGAAGGACAACUUCGAAACCACCGCGGAGUGGUUUCAGGCCAACAACAAGCGGCGCGAAUACGCGGAGAACUUCGCUCCCAUCGGGCCCAGUUGGGCCCUGGCACAGCUCCAGACGCCGGUGCCAAAGCUGCCAGGGGUGUGGUACAUGCAUGAGAGGCAAAAUCAGGAGGGGAAGCAUGUUCCCAUGCUCUUCUUCAAUGCGGAAAGUGGCAAAUAUUACCGAAAUCGCUCCACUGAUGUGGCCUACGUGCCUGCGAAAAGUCGAUGGCUGCAGACGGGGCUGCCACAUCAGUCAGAGGAUGAUCGUUCCAUGAAGAUGUCGCACGGCUCCGUGUGUUUGCCCACCGCCAGCGGCCGCAAAGACGAUCUGGCUGUGAUCCUGCCGGAACUGGCACGGACCGGCUCCCUGCUGAAACAGCCCCUGCCCUUUGCGGACAAACCGGCAGCGUUGUUCCUGUUGGUGGAUGGCCUACGGAACGCCAGCGCGUCGGAAUGGUGCGCCAAGCGCUUCCAUACCCACCUGUUGCCGAGGUUGUCCGCGUUUCAUUCAGAUCCCGAAGAUGGCGAGCUGGUUUUGGUGGUCAAAGAAGCCCUGGCGAACUUGGACCACGCCCUACUGGACAGCCCAGCCCGCUAUGCCGGUUGCAGUCUGGCAGUCGCUCUUUUGAUGGGCAGUCGGCUGGUGAUUUGCACUGUAGGCGGUUGCCGAGCCGUGGUCUGCAGUCCGCCCUCCACCGAGCCGCUUCCCAAGAAGGGCCCGGCCGGUGCCGCGCCCUCGACGGAGAGCAGUUGGAGCUGUCGAGCUGUGGAAGGUACCAUGCCUGGGCACACACGGAUAGACAUCAUCCAGUCGCAACGCCGCCGCCGGGUGGAAGCCUAUGGCCCUUUGGACUUCGACGGACGCUCCGGGGAGCAGCUCCGGGCGGCCAGCGCGUCCGAGGCCUCCUUGGCAAACCUGUCUGACAGAGAUCGUGCGGUUCAAAAGGCCCUGCGUGCAGCCCAUGCCUUCGCCGCUCUGGGUCUGAGCCGCCAGGAGGCCAUAGCUGCUGUGCCCGGGGCCGGCAAGUCGGCGGCCGAGGCCAUCGAGGCAGUUCUGGGUCCCAGGCGGCCAGGAGAGCCGCAGGUGGAGGCGGCCAGAAGUCGGGUGAAGGCCGCAGGGGAAGCUGUGGACAAGAUGCUGACGCAAGAUGCCUUUGGCGUACAACAGUUGGCUGAGUUGUUCUAUGUCUUGGAUGAGGAGGAGGGUAUCAUCAGUCAACAGCGUGCGGCUGCUCUUCUGGCGGUUUCACCCGGCUGUGGCGAGGCCGUCGCGAGUGGUGCGGUGCACAUGCGCUACCAGGCCGUGCUCAGCGGCUUGAGCGCCACAUGCCCAGCAGAGGCCCAGAGAGGUUGGGAGAUCCUGAGGGAAGCUAUGGAUACUGCUGGGCGGCCGGUGACGCCUGUGUGGGUGCCACCCCCAGAAGCACGAGGUGUGGAAAUUCCUGCAGCCUUGGGCCUACGCGACUGUAAACGACCUCGGAGGCUUGUUGGUCUAGAAAUUGCCAGCGAGGUCUUACGAAUAGAACCAGGCAGCAGUCUCUGCUUGCUUUUGAUGACGGACGGUGCCAACUCGGUCCAGCCCAAGCAGAUGGCCGAGGCAGUUGCCGCGCACCAGGGCCGGCCGAAGGCAGUUGCCACUCAAUUGGCGGCUGUGGCAUCGGAACAGCUGAAAGGUGCCAAGGACGAGAAGGAUCCCAAGGAGGUGUCUGUAGGCGUUCUGGCGGCCUAUUUCUCCGUGAAAGCCCUGGAAGAUCCUGCCGUGCACGCGGAAGCGGAGGCGGCAGAUUCCAAGAAGAGGAAGGCGCCCUCAACGGAAGUCGUGGUGGGUCCGCAGCCCGGAGGUGGCUUACCGAACCGAAUUCGGGUCAGUCAUAUCCUUCUGAAGUGGGAAGCUUUGACGACGCAUGAUCCAUCAGCCCGGAGGGCUGCGCCGAAGGGCAGAUUGCAGUCAGAUGCAGAGAAGGAACUCCUGAAACUGCUGCAGAUUCUGAAUGCCAUGCCCCAGGGCACGCCCUCGGACGCCAAAAAGUUGUCGGCGAAGUUUGCGGAGUUGGCAAAGGCGCAUUCCGAUUGCAACUCCGCGAACAACGGGCACCUCGCUGACUUGGGAUGGAUCGUGCCAGGUCAAUCGGACAAAGACUUCGAAGCCGCGGCUUUUGACCUCGCAGUGGGUGCCAUCAGCGACAUCGUUAUCUCGCAGCGCGGCGCUCAUUUGGUCCACAGACUGGCCUGAUGGCCGUGCUGCGCUGCGGCGCUGCGCUGCCAGUGCUAGUGGUGGAUGAUGAGAUUUCAGGUGUUCCAACAUCUUUCAACAGAAUUCCA